AUGGCAAGAGCUUCGCUGCAACCACCGUCACUUGGACACCCCAACACGGUAGAUGACCCGGAAACUGCACCGUUUGACCAUCAAAUUGGAGUUGCAGAUGUUGCUUUUAAUUAUUACAACCCUUUGGUUCUCCCACCGGGUUUUAGGUUUGUACCAAAAGAUGAAGAACUCAUCUUUUAUUACUUGUACCCAUUCUUACACGGCUACUCAUUGCCUAAUGUCGAUAUCCAUCACGUAAAUAUCUACAAUUACAAUCCCACACAACUUGCAGCUAGAUUCAAGAAAGGCAAUGAUAAAGACGAGUGGUUUUUUAUAACGGAGAGGAAAAAGAAAUUUGAUGGUGGAAAUAGACCGAAUUGUAGUGCUAAUGGAGGAUAUUGGAAAGCAACAGGAACUGAGACAAAGAUCCAUGCCGGAAAAGGAGUGUGGGGCUCUAAAAGAAGUCUUGAUUUUCGCAUCGGAAAACAACCAAACGGCGUUAAAACAGAUUGGAUCAUGCAAGAAUAUCGUUUGGACCGUCCUCUGCCUAAUAAAAAGUCCCAUGGAGACAACAAGACGCUGGAUAUAGUUUUGUGCAAGAUAUAUCAGACGCCAAUGGGAAAGAAGAGGAAAGCAAAGGAGGAACACGAAGAAAAUCUUCCUCGUGUGUCUCCAUUUAAUGAGUUGGCUUCAAUUUUCUAUCCUCAACAGCAAGAAACAUCAAGAGUUGGUGAAGAUCACUCUCUCAAUCCCAAUUUGGAGGAAGGAAGAGGAUUGUUCUUAGGAGUGUCAUCAAUGGGGAAUAAAAGGAAAACAGAGGAAGAAAAAGAUUAUGACGAUAAUGAUAACUUGCUAAAUAACAAUACACAUCCACUAGCAGGAGCUUGCCUUGGUUUGAUGGACCCUAGUAGCCAAGUUUUACACUAG